AUGGCUCUCAAUGCAAUGCAAACCUCUCACGACGAUUACGAUGUUGUCGCAUACACAACUCAGAGUCAAAAUCACACCAACAUGACAGCUAAUGAUAGCGACAGCUCCGUUGGGCCUGCGAGCUCACCCUUUAUCACCAACGUUGCGGAUUCCGCAGACCUCGAAAAUAUGUCACCCAACAAGUUGACAUUACUACGAUUAGCAACGACAAGCCCCGUCGAACGUGAACGUGAACCGUCGCCUUUAAGGCUACUCAAAAGCCGGGCAUCGCCCACUUCAACUCCUUCGUCUCCCAGACGGUCGGACUCUAUCAAGAGCCCGCGAAAGAUGUCAGAUAAGAGAUUUCCCGUCAAGCCUUCAAUCUCUUCUCCGCCGCUACAGCCACAGCCACAGCCAGAUACGCAAGCUGCCCCCGUUGAGACAACACUAAAGAUUGAUGAUGUUCUCAGGAACAACGAGGGUCUUACGAAAGCAAUCGCAAUUUUGGAGGAUGGCGAUACUGAGAACGAAUCGUUGCAUGCCGAAGGCAUUCACACAGAAAUGUGCCGGGAACGUGCAGUUUCUUACGAGGAGCACAGCAUAGACGAUACAAUGAUCAGCACCUUCAGCGAUUUUUCUGCUAUUCCGGAUAUGACAUCUUUUGCGAAAAUUGGACACAAUCCUAUGAAGUCAUCAACUCUCCAACCAACUCCGAGACGGAACCCAUUGUACGCUAAUACGCCUGCGAAAGCUCGUCGCCCAAUGAGCUACUCGCCGUCCCCAACACCCCGUGCGCAUAAUUACGAACAAUACUCUCGUGACGAUGGACAUACGGAGAAUCUACUGGAUUUUACUGAACAGUUCAACAAUUUCUCAGGUCGAAAUCGCCAAUCCCCGUCCAAGAAUGGCAGACACUCUCCAUCGAAGCAAAAUACACUGCCAGACAUGAGCUCAGCCUUUCCCUCGACACCUUCUAUGAACCGACACACCAUGUCCAAUCUACUUGAUUUUGACAUCCCACCUGCUCCGACUCCAAGGAGCAUGCCGUCGAUUACACCGAGGGAGCUAGAGAGCUUGAAAUCGGGGUUUCUCUCCGAAAUCAGCAGCCUAAAGGCAUCUUUGAGUGGUAAAGAAGCAGAAGUCAAUUCGUUGAAAACAGCCGUGGGGGACGCCGAAAAGAGAGUUGGUGAGAGUAUGGAACAAGUUCGAGAAGAACGAGAUUUGAAGGAGCAGCUAAAUGCAGAGAAAGAAGAGUGGGAAAAACGAGGUCGGGAAAUGGAGGCUGUUUUGCGUAACGUGAAAGAGGAGAUACUACACGGAGAACGAGAACGAGAUGAGCUUGAAGGUCGACUUGAGGAGACGGAGAGAAGAAGGGAGGCCGCUGAAGUCAUGGCUCAGGAAGCCGAAAGCAAACUAGCAGCAAUGAGGGCCGGAAAAGCACCUCCCGUGUCGGAAUCUUCUAACUCUAGGCCUGGUGAAUGCGUUUGUGGUGGUCGUACAGUUGAAAUUGCGGUUGAGAAGGUUUCGAGAGAACUCCACACAUUAUACAAAGAUAAACACGAGACCAAGGUAGCCGCUUUGAAGAAGAGUUACGAACGACGAUGGGAUAAGAAGGUCACAGAACUCGAGAACCAAGUUGAGGAUCUCACCAAGGAAAUUGAAGAACUCAGACGCGAUGCAACAAUGACCAGAGUUGACCCGAAGGUUGCCGCACAGGCGGCAGAAGACCUUGAAAAACAAUUCGCUAGAGAUGCCCGAGCCAAAGAGAUGGAAGCCGAGUUGGAAGGAUUGAGUCAAGUUGUUCGAAGCGUCAAGCGUGACAACUCGGAUCUUCGUCGAAUGUUGGACGAGGAAAGAGUUGAGAAGGGUAAACUAGUACAAGCCGUGGAUGAAAUGAUCCCUCUGGUUGCAGCUUUUGAUGAUAUGCUUGCCGACAUGAGCAACCAGCCUGCCGUCACUUCGCCAGCCGCGAAACGUCAAUCCAAUGUUGAUCACCUGAGAGGUAGCAUUUCAAAGGCAUCGGGUCUUCGCGCUCCAUCCAGUGUUUCCAAGCCCACAGGGGAAAGCCGUAUUGGUAGAGGAGGUUUUGGUAUGCCAGCAGGGAAUCUGGAUAAACGAAAUAGCACUCUAGGGUCGAGACCUGGGAGUGGGAUGGGAUACAGAAGCGGAAUUAUGGGUUCCAUCGAGCGAAUGGGGAGUCACAAGGGACGAGGAGAGUAA